AGUUUGUAAAGCGCGCGCAGUCAGCAUUACCCAUUUAUAAGGCGCACUUGCUCCCGAACUUCACCUCAAUUGAGAGAAAUAGCGCUGAGCAUAGUCUUGCUUACGCAUCGUAAAAUAUACAUAGCGCAUAUCAUGAUGUCGCUAAUCGCAAUCAUCGUCGCUCUAUGCGUUCUACUGAGUGAAGCAGACAACUUAAAUGAAGUGAAAGAUACAUUCUGGAACAAAAUUCAAGAGAACGCUGAGACAAGUAAGACGAAGAAUGAGUUAUACAAAUCUGUCGAGUUCCCGACGCGUUCAAUCGGAUUCGACGAUGAUCGAGAGAUUCAGCUGAGAAGUCAUACUCAUACAUUACAGAAUUUACCACCGGCCGUAAUGGCAAGAUACAUCGUUAAUCAAGCUGAUUGGGCGGCCGUAGCGACGAUAAGCACAAGAAAAGAUAUUCGAAAUUUUCCCGUUGCAAAUUUGGCCUCCAUCGCCGAUGGGCCUGUUGGAGGCGGUACUGGAAUACCAUACAUGUAUCUCACUCCUUUGGACUAUACUGCUAAAGAUCUUGCUAAAAAUCAUCACGCGACUGUGUUCGUAUCAUUAGCUCAAGGAGACUAUUGCAAGACUAAAGGAUAUGAUCCGAUGGACCCGCGAUGUGCUAGAAUCCUUCUAACUGGAAAGAUUAAAGCGGUGAAAAAUGAAAGUGUCGAAGUUGUGGAACAAUUAUUUUUCGAUCGUCAUCCAAAAUUACGUAAUCCUCCCGCAGAUCACAAAUUCUUUUUCGCCCAAUUGGAUAUAUCGACAAUCGCCUUAUUGGAUAACUUCGGUGGACCGAAAUACAUUUCCGUUGAUGAUUACUUAAAAGCACCGACCAUCCGCAAUAAUUUUGAUUGGCGCCGUAGAAGAAUUUUUUUAAAUAAAUCUGCUGUUUGAUAAGAGUACUUUCUGUUAAAGUCUGAUAGAUUCUAUAAGAUCCUGACAAUCCGAAUUUCCAAGCACAAUAUUGGGUUUUAUCUAGAA